GCUAUUGAGGAGGAAGGAGGGAAUCCUGAUGAAAUUCCAGUGGUUUCAGAAAAUAUCAUGAAGAAAACUCCAAAAAGAAGCAACAAAGGACGUCGAGCAGAUGAAGAAGGAGUGGAGGACAACGGCCUGGAGGAGGAUUCUGGAGAUGGACAGGACGAUAUUGAAGCAAGUUUGGACACCUUGCAGGACAUUGACAUGAUGGAUAUCAGUGUGUUAGAUGAAGCUGAGAUAGAUAAUGGCAAUGCAGUAGAUUGUGGAGAUGAUUACAGUGCCCAUAACAUUCUUGACUCACUGUCUGAUAGCAAAGAAAAUGCAGAUGCAGAAGUGAAAGAAUUUCCAGAUCAGCCUACAGAAUUUGUUGUAGGUAACUUGGAGGCAUCCCCACAAUUUUCAGAAAUUAAAGAAGAAUCAAGAGAAAUACCAAUAGUGAUGGUAGAGUUUGAAGAUGUUGGGAACAGUUUAGAUGCUUCUUCAUCAGAAUUAACCAUAAUAAAGGAACUUGAAGAGUUACCUUUGGAGCCAGAAAAUGAGAAAAUACUCGACAUUUUGGGGGAAACUUGUAAAUCUGAGCUACUUAACGAAGAACAACCUCCCGAAGCGGAGCGGCCGCGUGCGCAGGAAGCCAGUAACGCGGGGCCAGGCAAGAGGCUGGCUGAGGAAGAGGACGCUCUCGCUGCCGCUCAGCUGGAGGAAGAUGCUUUAGCUUUGGACAGCAAAUCGGCCCAAGCUUUGGCAAGGAAGGAAGCAAAGCGUUUAGUGGUAGCAAAAGGGGAGACAAGUGAACAGAGCCCCGAGGAAGAGGCCCCGGACUCUGAAGGUGUAGUGGUAGAGACCCUAAGCGAUCAGAGUAGCAAACGCUCCCAAGGCCUGGAAGCCUCUAGUGGGGAGGCAGCGGAGAAAGGCGCAGGUGCCGAAGCCAGAGCUAGCAAAGAAGAUGGCAAGAGAGCAGAAGACAAAGCUAAUUCUGAGGAAUCUUCCCCUGCCACUAAAGAGUCCUCAGCCAGUGAGGGCGGUGAUCAGAAAAAGAGCCCUGUUGAAGACAAAGAUACAAAGGCAGUCACAAAAGAUGAGAAAGGCCGUGUGGGGAGUGGUUCUGGCAGAAAUUUGUGGGUUAGUGGACUUUCCUCCUCUACUAGAGCUACAGAUUUGAAGAACCUUUUCAGCAAGUAUGGAAAGGUGGUUGGUGCAAAAGUGGUGACAAAUGCUCGCAGCCCUGGCGCUCGCUGCUAUGGCUUUGUGACAAUGUCAACUUCUGAGGAGGCCACCAAGUGCAUUAAUCACCUCCACAGAACUGAGCUGCAUGGUAAAAUGAUUUCUGUGGAAAAGGCAAAAAAUGAACCAGCAGGAAAAAAACCUUCUGACAAAAAGGAAGGUGAAACAAGGAAGGAGAAAGACAGGCACCAUUCUGCAGAGUCCAAAUCUGAGAAAUCUGCUGGUAUUAAGAAGGAGGAGAAGAUGGACAAAAAAGAUGAUGCUAAGAAAUCAGAAAAAGAUGAAAAAGAAGGAAAAGAAAAGGAUGAACAAAAGACUGGAUCUUCUGAUAGAUCCAGGGCAAGCAAAUCAGCAAGCAGAGGAACAGAGAGGACAGUGGUAAUGGAUAAAUCUAAAGGAGAGCCAGUUAUUAGUGUGAAAACCUCUGCAUCAAAAGAGAGGAGCACCAAGAGCCAGGACCGCAAAUCAGAGAGCAAGGAAAAGCAGGAUAUUUUAUCCUUUGAUAAAAUCAAGGAGCAGCGAGAACGGGAACGGCAGAGGCAGAGGGAGAGAGAAAUCAGGGAGACAGAGAGGCGCCGAGAGAGAGAGAGGCGGGACCGGGAGCAGCGCCUGGCAGCCAUCCACGAGCGCGACGAGAGACAGAGGCUGCAGAGGGAGCGCGAGCGGCUGGAAUUCCAACGGCAGCGCCUGGACAGAGAGCGCCUGGAGAGGGAGAGGCUGGAGAGGGAGAGGAUGCACAUCGAGCAGGAGAGGAGGCGCGAGCAGGAGAGGAUCCAGAGGGAGAGGGAGGAGCUGCGGCGGCAGCACGAGCAGCUGCGCUACGAGCAGGAGCGCAGAUCCGCCAUGAGGAGGCCCUAUGAUCCUGACAGCAGGAGGGAUGACCCCUACUGGCCCGAGGCCAAGCGCCUGGCGCUCGAUGACCGCUACCACUCGGACUUCGGCCGCCAGGAUCGCUUCCACGACUUCGACCACCGCGACCGCGGCCGCUACCAGGAGCACUGCUUGGACAGGAGAGACUGUGCAAGGGGAAUUCCAGAUCGAGAUGGGCAGGUAUGUUACAACCAAAUUACUGCUUCAGUUAAAAACCAAAAGAAGGUGAAAGCUAAAAACCCCAAAGCAGAAAGGACACAGUGUGCACACAGCACAAACACAAAUGUUUCAGCUGAGAUACUUGAACAGAACUAAUUUUGUGUGCUAAUGAGCAUAAAAUAAAUUAUUAGGUUACCUGCUUGCUGGGGUGGUAACCUCAAAUAGAGGCAAGGGGAAACCUGUGAGUGAUGGGAGCAUCUUUUCAGGGUGGUAUGUGGCAGUAAAAGCUUUUUGAUUGACCAUCUUAGGGGUUAAGAGAGAGCUGCUGUACUCACUUAGCUGGCAAUGGAUGCCUUCUCUCACAUUUAUCUAAAUGAAACAAGGCUGUAAAAGGACAGGUGUGAAAAUCAAUGCCACAAUGGGAUUCAAACCCUUUCAUUUCUGAAGAGAGGUAGGAAGUGAGCAGAUAUUCAAUAUGAAAAUUUAAAACCUGAAGCCAAGAACAUAAACCUUAAAAAACCUUAGCAAACAAAAAAGAUCUCUCCCACCAGUGAAAAAUAAACAUCUGGAAUGAGCCAUGCCCUACAGCAGAACCUUGAAAAAAUGGGACAGCUAUAAAUUUUUUACCAAAAAGCCAAAUUUUUGCAAUCCUAGAAUGUUGGGAAGGAUGAAAGUUUGACAAGAAAAUCUCACAG